CCGCUGGCCCCGCCCCAGCCUCCCGCCGGGCACGCGCAGCUCGCGUCUGCGGAACUCGGGCUGCGGUUCUGAGCGGGCUCUGGGGCUGUGUCCAUUGAAUGACCAGGAAGGCUCUUGCUGCGAAGCGUUCCUGCAGAAUUGCUUCCACGUAAAGGGACCUUCAGGAAAUUUCGUAGGACACCAGCUGGCAUUGACAAACUGAGUGUCCCUGGGCCUUUCCAGGUUUCCAGGCAGGUUGAUUUCGAGACAACAUGUCUGCUUCGGUGAAAGAAAGCCUUCAGCUUCAGCUGCUGGAGAUGGAAAUGCUGUUUUCUAUGUUUCCUAACCAAGGAGAAGUAAAACUUGAAGAUGUAAAUGCCCUGACGAAUAUAAAGAGGUAUUUGGAAGGCAGAAGGGAGGCGCUGCCACCAAAAAUCGAAUUUGUGAUUACACUCCAGAUUGAGGAGCCCAAGGUGAAAAUUGAUUUGCAAGUAACUAUGCCUCACAGCUACCCCUAUGUAGCAUUGCAGCUGUUUGGACGGUCACCUGAGCUUGACAGACAUCAGCAGCUACUUCUCAACAAAGGUCUCACUUCUUACAUAGGGACUUUUGAUCCAGGUGAGCUCUGUGUAUGUGCAGCAAUCCAGUGGCUACAGGACAACAGUGCAUCCUAUUUCCUGAACAGAAAGCUCGUGUAUGAACCAUCUACACAAAGAAAGCCAGUCAAGAACACAUUCCUCCGAAUGUGGAUCUACAGCCACCAUAUAUAUCAGCAGGACCUAAGGAAAAAGAUUUUGGAAGUUGGGAAAAGGUUAGAUGUGACUGGAUUUUGCAUGACAGGAAAGCCUGGUAUAAUCUGUGUGGAGGGCUUCAAAGAGCACUGUGAGGAGUUCUGGCACACAAUUAGGUACCCUAAUUGGAAGCAUAUUUCCUGUAAGCAUGCCGAAAGCAUGGAGACAGAAGGAAGUGGCGAGGACCUGCGCCUUUUCCAUUCUUUUGAGGAGUUACUCCUUGAGGCCCAUGGCGACUAUGGGUUAAGGAAUGACUAUCACAUGAAUCUGGGCCAAUUCUUAGAAUUUCUCAAAAAGCACAAAAGUGAGCAUGUUUUCCAGAUAUUAUUUGGUAUUGAAAGCAAAAGUUCAGAGUCCUAGGAACCUGUUAAGAAACCUAUGCUCGUAAUUUCACUAAGUCAGUAUUUCUGUUAAUAAAACCAAAAAAAAAGGCCUGUGGCUAUGUAGCUUCCUUGUGAGAAACCUAGCUCCAGAAUUUUCACGUGCUAAUGAAUUUCAACUGAUAAUGAAACAAAUAGGCCUUUUAACUUUAUAACAGUGAAAUUGUGAUGUUAUCUCUAGGUUCUUGUGUUAAAUCAUUUAAAAACUAUUUCAUUGUAUAUUAAUAAAAACAAUCUAUUUAAA